AUGGGAUCACGGCGUGCUGCAUAUACUGGGAUCUUGGGAUUGGUUUGCCUCGAUAUUGCCUUGUUGCUAACCAAUCAUGCCAAUCAUUACAUUUGCCCUAUCCGCAAGACACGACAUCGCAUUUGGUUUCAGACUUUCAGUUUAUUCAAGCAGGGCUUAUGGUGUAAAAUCCCCGAGAUGUGUAUAGGCCGGAGUGAUAUAUCAAUACGAACAACAACAACCAGCAUAAUGCGGAGGUACCAGAGUCAAUCUGUGACGAUUCAAAGGUUGUUCUGGUCUUGGGGCGAAAGUGGUGGGCGGCUUAGUCCGGCAAGGAAGGUUUGA